AUGCUUCCAAAAAGUGCUUAUCAUCUCUAUCGAUGUUUCUCAACAACUCCGGUUCCGUCCAGUAAAAUCAGCAGCGUGGCUGUAAUUGGUGCUGGAUUGAUGGGAUCCGGUAUAGCCCAGGUGUCUGCAACAGCAAAACUGGAUGUGAUGUUGGUGGAUCGAUCGGACGAACUACUCGAGAAAUCACGGAAAAGCAUCCAUGCAAAUCUGUGCCGUGUGGCCAAAAAGGAGCACGCCAAUGACAAAGGGGCGCAAGAUGCACUUGUUGAGGGUGCUUUAUCUCGGCUACACACAACAACAUCUUUAGAGGAAGCAGUGAAGGAACGGAAUUUGGUAAUUGAAGCAGUUGUGGAAGAUAUUGAAGUAAAGCGGAAAUUGUUCAGCGAAAUUGAGUUGAUCACGAAACCUUCUGCAGUUUUUGUUACUAAUACAUCGUCGUUUCGCCUGGAAGAUAUUGGAAUCGCAAUUAAAGCAAAAGAACGUUUUGGUGGCCUCCACUUUUUCAAUCCUGUUCCAGUUAUGAAACUUCUCGAGGUUGUCCGGCAUAAGGAUACAUCUGACAGUACAUUUGAAACGCUCAUGGAAUACGGGAAGGAAAUUGGAAAAAAAACUGUUGCGUGUAAGGAUACCCCAGGCUUUAUUGUAAAUCGUUUGCUGGUGCCUUAUAUGUUCGAAGCGCUGCGAAUGGCAGAGCGUGGAGACGCUUCUGUGGAGGAUAUCGACAUAGCAAUGAAGCUAGGUGCUGGCUAUCCGAUGGGACCAUUCGAGCUAUGUGAUUAUGUCGGUCUUGACACAACAAAAUUUAUCAUGGAUGGGUGGCACAAGCAAUACCCGACAGAGCCUCUUUUCAAACCCAGUGGCAUGCUCAGCAAUUUGGUUGAGAAAGGAAAACUGGGUCGCAAGUCAGGAGAAGGUUUCUACAAAUACGAGAAACACUAA